CAAAGAGCUGUCUAAGGACACUAGGGACAUUGUAGACCUACACAAGGCUGGGAUGGGCUAUGGGGCAAGAGGCAAACAGCUUGGUUAGAAGGCAACAACUAUUUAAGCAAUUAUUAGAAAAUGGAAGAAAUUCAAAAUGACCGUCAAUCUUCUUCAGACUGGGGCUCCAUGCAAGAUCUCACCUCGUGGAGAAUCAGUGAUCCUGAGACAGAUGACACAGGAGCAGAGUUGUAUUUUGACAGAACUGAAUAUAUUUGAUCAGAUAGACAGAGAAGAUGGCAUGUUGUUCUUUUCUACGCUCUCCUCGUCUGUCGUUCCUGCAGACGCUGUUCUCCCUCAUCCUGUCUUUCAUCUCUCUGCUUGCAUCUAAUUGGUGUUCUGGUGUCCAGAAAGUGCCAAAGCCUCUGUGUUCUCCUCUGCGUCAUCGCACCUGCACACCGUCUGACCUGUUCACCAAUGGCUCCACCCAGUUCACCUGGGAAACGGGGGAUGACCGCUUCAUCUUUCCCACCUUCCAUGCUGGGAUCUGGAGCUGCUGUGAAGAAAACAUACACAAGGAUGAAUGGGAAGAGAAAUGUCGCAGUUUUAUGGAUCUCACGCCUCCUUCAGAGAAAGGGAUUUUCUGGCUGUGUGUGUUAAUGGAGUUGAUGUAUAUUAGUUUGUUGUGUAUCAGUUGUGUGUUGCUGAUGGUUCAGGUGUGUUUCUCUGAGUGGAAGCCACUGCUUCAUCAUUGGGGAGAUUUACUAAACGCUUAUGCUGCUGUGUUCACCGUAUUGGCAGGUCUGGUGGGAAUGGUAGGCCACAUUAUGUUCAUGCAGGUGUUCCAGGUAACAGCAUCCAGUGGGCCGGAGGAUUUUAAACCGCAUCGUUAUGGAUACUCCUGGGCCUUUUACGUAGCCUGGGUGGGCUUCACCUGCUGUAUGAGUUCUGGAGUUUCCACUCUAAAUAAUUACACCAAGUCCGUGCUGAUGGCUGGAACCAAACCAAAGUCUGACUUCUACCCCAUGUCACAAUUCUACUACCCUCCGGCUCCACCCCCUCCUCCUUCCAUCCCCCCUCCAUGCCCUCCUCCACCUCCCCUCUUUCCCCACUCUCUCCAUACUUCUGCCCUCCGUCUCCUCCUUCCUUUUUCCCUCCUGCCCCUCCAUGUCCACACAAUCCCACUCGCCCGUCUCUCUCUCCCUCACCGUCUGUCUCUCUCCUCCAUUCACCUCUGUCCUCCACCCCUCCUCUCUCUCCUACUCCUUCCAUUACACUUUCUAUCUCUCCUUCCAUCCCUUUUACUUUCUCUCCUUCUCAGCUGUUUGAUGAAGAAUACAGCUCCCUCUAAGGCUACUGUUUUACCAGUAAUCGUUUAUCACACUGCUGCUGCUGGUGACAUUUAAUGAUCUGGGUAUCAUCACUGUUUCUGGAAGCUCUGGAUCCUAUUAGUAUUAUUUCCAUUGUGCAAUUAUCCAGCAUUUCAAUACUGAACCCAAACUGUACAUGUAACCUGUUUGAGCUCUAGGGGGCGCUCUAAGGGUUUCAAACAAAGCAUCUAAAGCAAAAGAGAUCAACGUCACAAACCGAAAGUUCCUCUUCCAGUCCACUCAGUGUAGUAGAGGUCAUUUAUUUCCACAGUGUGUUUAUAAACAUACACUUCACAGUGACUAUAAAGGACACGAUGACACGGCACAGUGUGUAAAUCUCUCACUAAUACUCAUCACUACUAAUAUUUCCAUUCUAAUGUGAUGCGCAGCAGCUCUGCAGGGUCUCUGGGAGAAGAUUUUACUCUCAUUUAUACUAAUUGAUAUCGAAUUACUAGAGAUUUGAAAUGAUUUAUUGUUAUGUAAUAUUGAACAUUACACGACAUUACAGGCAGCGAUCAUGAGCACUAAAUGUUCAUGAACUCAGUGCAGAAAAGCCGCUUCCUUCCUCCUGCCCCACUUCACCCCAACAUGCAACCAAUACACCAUGUUCUACUCGAUUACAGUCUCUGGAUAUGCUGCUUUAGUGUCCAUCAUAUUAUUAAACCUUUGCACAAAUGACUCCUGAGUCGACAUUUCUUCCUAAGUGCCAGUGAAAUUUUCUUUGGAUUCCAGAUUAAUGUUGGAUUUUAGAUUAGAUGUUAGACUGGAAAUAUUGAACGGAUAUAAAUAAAGUAAAUCCAUGGAUCCUGUUACUGGUCAUUGAU